AUGCUGGGGUUCCCGCGAGCCAAGCCUCGGGUUCCAGGGCUGGGGGCUCGACGGCGGCUCCCGGGCGCCCCCUGGCGGCCCCGCGCCGCCGCGGCUCCCACAAUGCUCGCGUAGCCCCGCUUCAGCUCCCGCGGCGGCGGCUCCAAGAUGGCGCAGGCGAUCUUUGAGGCCCUGGAGGGGAUGGACAAUCAGACCGUUCUGGCCGUCCAGUCACUGUUGGAUGGCCAAGGAGCAGUCCCUGAUCCGACAGGCCAGAGCGUCAACGCACCCCCUGCUAUCCAGCCACUGGAUGACGAGGAUGUCUUUCUCUGCGGGAAGUGUAAGAAGCAGUUCAACUCGCUGCCGGCAUUUAUGACCCAUAAGCGGGAACAGUGCCAGGGGAAUGCCCCCGCCCUGGCCACAGUCUCGCUGGCCACCAACAGCAUCUACACACCUUCGGCAGCACCCACGGCUGUCCAGCAGGCACCACCUCCUACCAAUCGCCAGAUCUCCACAUACAUCACAGUGCCCCCGUCGCCACUGAUCCAGACCUUGGUGCAGGGGAACAUCUUGGUGAGCGAUGAUGUGCUCAUGUCUGCCAUGUCGGCCUUCACGUCCCUGGACCAGCCCAUGCCCCAGGGCCCCCCACCUGUGCAGAGCAGCCUGAACAUGCAUUCUGUGCCCAGCUACCUCACCCAGCCUCCACCACCUCCUCCGCCCCCUCCGCCACUGCCUCCACCCCCACCUCCCCAACCUCCCCCACCCCCACCCCAGAGCCUGGGCCCUCCUGGACGUCCCAACCCUGGUGGGAAUGGCGUGGUGGAGGUGUACAGCGCUGCAGCACCACUAGCUGGGAGUGGAACAGUGGAGAUCCAGGCAUUGGGGAUGCAGCCCUACCCGCCCCUGGAGGUGCCAAACCAGUGUGUGGAGGCUCCAGUAUACCCGACCCCCCCGGUGUACAGCCCCGGCAAACAGGAAUUCAAACCAAGAGGACCAAACCCCGCUGCCCCCAUGACCAGUGCCACUGGGGGCACAGUGGCCACCUUUGACUCCCCACCGAUGCUGAAGACCCGACGGGCUAAAGGUGCCAGGGGACUCCCGGAAGCUGCUGGGAAGCCAAAAGCUCAGAAACUCAAGUGCUCAUACUGUGACAAAUCAUUCACCAAAAACUUCGACCUGCAGCAGCACAUCCGAAGCCACACUGGUGAGAAACCCUUCCAGUGCAUUGCAUGUGGCCGUGCCUUUGCCCAGAAGUCUAACGUCAAGAAACACAUGCAGACCCAUAAGGUGUGGCCUCCAGGGCGCAGCGGUGGCACCGUUUCUCGCAACUCUGUGACUGUACAGGUCAUGGCCCUGAACCCCAGCAGGCAAGAGGACGAGGAAAAUACAGUGUUGGGCCAGCCCCUGCCGAAUGCGCCACAGCCCCAGGCCUUGCCCGCGGCAGGCGAGGAUGAGGGGGACAAGCUGGAGCUCAAGCAGGUGGUCCUCAUCAACAGCUCCUACCUGUGCCAGUUCUGCCCCAGCAAGUUCAGCACCUACUUCCAGCUCAAGUCCCACAUGACCCAGCAUAAGAACGAGCAGGUGUACAAGUGCGUGGUCAAGAGCUGUGCCCAGACAUUCCCAAAGCUCGACACAUUUCUGGAGCACAUCAAAAGCCACCAGGAGGAGCUGAGCUACCGCUGUCACCUCUGCGGCAAGGACUUCCCCUCUCUCUACGACCUGGGUGUGCACCAGUACUCCCACAGCCUCCUGCCACAGCACAGCCCCAAGAAGGACAGCACUGUCUACAAGUGUGUCAAAUGUGUCAACAAAUACUCCAGCCCUGAAGCCCUGGAGCACCACCUGCAGACCACCACUCACAGCUUCCCCUGCCUGCACUGCCAGAAGGUGUUUCCUUGCGAACGCUACCUGCGGCGUCACCUGCCUACCCACGGCAACGGGGGCAGGUUCAAGUGCCAGGUAUGCAAGAAGUUCUUCCUGCGGAAGCACUACCUCAAACUGCACGCUCACAUCCACUCAGGCGAGAAGCCCUACAAGUGCUCAGUGUGCGAGUCCGCGUUCAACCGCAAGGACAAACUGAAGAGACACAUGCUGAUCCAUGAGCCCUUUAAGAAAUACAAAUGCCCCUUCUCGGCACACACAGGCUGCAGUAAGGAGUUCAACCGGCCGGACAAGCUGAAGGCUCACAUCCUCUCUCACUCUGGCAUGAAGCUCCACAAAUGCGCCCUGUGCAGCAAGUCCUUCAGCCGCCGUGCCCACCUCACCGAGCACCAGCGCGUCCACACAGGCAACUACAAGUUCCGCUGUGCUGCCUGUGCCAAGGGCUUUUCUCGCCACAAAUACCUCAAGGAUCAUUGCUGCCACCUUGGCUCCCAAAAAGACAAGGACCUGCAAGCCCGGCGGCCCCCCCGGAGGAGGGCAGCUCCCCGCAGCAGCAGCAGUGGUGGGCGCAAGGUGGUGACCCCCUUGCCUGACCCACUGGGGCUGGAGGAGCUGAAGGACACAGAGGCUGGGCCAGUGCCCGAGGCUGCCCCAGGCAAGCCACCCUUCUCGGAGCCCGAUGCUGUGCUGUCCAUCGUGGUGGGCAGCACGGUGGGCGGAGAACCUGAGCUCGUGGUGCCUGGACAUGCUGAAGGGCUGGGCUCCAACCUGGCGCUGGCGGAGCUGCAGGCCGGGGCCGAGGGCCCAUGUGCCAUGCUCGCUGUGCCCGUCUACAUCCAGGCCUCAGAGUGACAGACCUGGGAUGUUUGCUCCCACAGGCUGGCCUGAUGCUUACGUUCGGGCCCAGGGCUCCCGGGGGAAGACUAGAGAUCCUUCCCAAUGGAAGUGAGCCGUUUGCGGAAGUCCUUUUGAAUGUCAUUCAUAAACCUUGGCCUGUGGCCACUCUCCUGUGUCCCCAUCCUGCUGGAAAGCCCUGCAGCAUUCUGGGAUCUGGGGCAGGACUGCCUAUGGUUUCUGGAUGGAGCAAUGGCAAAAGAGAUGGUUGGAGCCGGAGCAGCCCAGGGUCACCGAAGAGAGAAGACAGGAUGGUCCCACCACCCCUUCUCCAGGCUGCCUGGGGUGGCCUCUAGUCAGCUGCUCUCGGGGAGGCCUGACAUGGUCGGAGUCUUGUCCUUAUCCGUUGGACCUUCUCACAGAUGGUUCCUCACAGUGUCCUCAGACAACUCUGUGAUGUAGGCUUUCAGGAGCCACUCCAGUAUCGUGGCUAGAGUGCAGCUAUGAGCCAGAUCUGCCUUCAAAUCCAAGAGUUGCCACACACUUGCUGGGCAGGUCACUUCACCUUUCUGAGCCCCGUGUUCCUCAUCUGUACCGAGGGGCUUAUGAUAGUACUACCUCAUAGGGUUGUCAUGGGGACCCAGUAUGAUGAAAUGUGCAAAGGGCUUGGCAUGGUGCCCAGCAUUCAGAAAGUGCUCAAUAAAUGUUCUUAUCAUGUGUGUCCGAAUGA